AUGGCGGACGGCGGAGAGGUUAAAGAGGAGGUCAAGCCUAAGCCAGACGUCGCAGAGGAAGGGAAGGUUGAGCGUCAGCCAGCAGUCGCAGAGGGCAAGGAGGUUGGGCGUCAGCCAGCAAUCGCAGAGGUCAAGCAGGUUACGCCUCAGCCAGCAAUCGCAGAGGGCAAGCAGGUUACGCCUCAGCCAGCAGUUGCAGAGGACAAGAAAGUUAAGCGUCAGCCAGCAGUCGCAAAGCCCAGUGCAACUCAGCCAAGGUCUCUCACCAGGGUCUGGGAUUGGAUCAUAUGUGGAUUCAUUAUAUCCGCUCUCGUUCAUAGAGUGUACGUACACGUUUACGUGCCUGCUAUGACAAUGGUCCAGGUGCCGAAGCAGGUGACUUGUCCUAUACAUCAAAGCGAUCCGAUGCAGGGAGGACUACUGCCAACACGAUUUCAAACCGGCUUUGGCAAGGCUGCCUGGCAUAUUCCACGACACUGGAAGACAUGGAUGUCGACACCGAUCUUCCAGAAGCAGGGCUGGCUGAAUGUGCCGUUGGCGGAGAGCCGGCAGAUGGACAAGAUUCAGCGCGAGCUCAAGACGCAGCUCCCAAAGCUCAUAGGAGAAGAGGACAACGCGCCACUGCUGGCUGCAUUGCAGAAAUUGAGCGAGGAGACGACGUCAAUGGCAGCUUGUAUCGGAGGAGAUGUGGAUACGAUGAACAGGGAGCAAAGAGUGUCGAGAGUGUCAUCGAUGUCGCUCGAUUGCAAACUGAGGAUCUUUUGGCAAUGGAGCACGAUGCAGAACCUCGCGCUGGUCCUCGCGAGCACCGAGAACAUCGUGGCCGCCAAUAUUCAGAAGCUUGACAACAUCAGAAGCUUGCGAGCAUCAGUUGCAGAAGCUCGCGAUUUGAUCGUACGCCUCCAGCAAGACUCCGCUGCCAAAGUCGCAAAUACAGACCAGCAAAUAAUCGAAUCAACCGUGACCUGGCUCAACACAACAGACUUCGCCGAACAGAACCCGAUCUACCGCACCUACCGAGUUGCACAGAGACAAUACAUGCACCUAACCUGGCUCGACCUCGUCUACGCCUCCCUAGACGGCCUUCUGCACGCCAAGGAACAACAAAUCACCUACAUCGCGCACGUCCUCCAAAACUACGACCUCGUCGAAACGCUCGCGAGCGUCAAGCACGGAAUCUCAACCUCCCCCUUUCACAACGCCCGUCACGGCGUGCUCGACAGCCUCCCCUACCGGAGCACCCUCCUCCUCUCAGAAUUACGCUCAAACACAACCUUGAUUGUCUUCCCCUACGGCGAGGAUCGCGACCCUUGCGGCGCUCAGAUGCCUUAUCGCAUCCCAUACGACACGUACACCCCAAGCUACCCUUCCAUUCAAGGAAUGGCCAACAGCUGCGCACCAAGCACGCUCAACCAGAGUCAGAACUUCAGGGACAGCCUACGCGCGGCGAAGGGCAACUUCACCAACGUCUACGGUGAGGAUCGCGACCCUUACGGCGCUCAGAUGCCUUAUCGCAUCCCAUACGACACGUACACCCCAAGCUACCCUUCCAUUCAAGGAAUGGCCAACAGCUGCGCACCAAGCACGCUCAACCAGAGUCAGAACUUCAGGUACAGCCUAAGCGCGGCGAAGGGCAACUUCACCAAGGUCUACGGUGAGGAUCGCGACCCGUACGGCGCUCAGAUGCCUUAUCGCAUCCCAUACGACACGUACACCCCAAACUACCCUUCCAUUCACGGAAUGGCCAACAGCUGCGCACCAAGCACGAAAAACCAAGGCCAGAACUUCAGGUCCGAAUCAUACGCGGUGAAGGGCAAGGCAACUUCACUACGGUCCGCAGCGAGGAUCGCGACCCGUACGGCGCUCAAGUGCAUUACCGCGUUCUAUACGACACCGUCACGCGAAACUACCCGUGUAUUUCAAGUCUUGCCAGCAGCUUCGCACCAAGCACGUACGACCAAAACGCCAAGAGUUCACGUGGAGAGCAACUUCACUCCGGUCGAUGGCGGGGAUCGCGACCCGUGUCGCCAACAGCUUCGCACCAAGCACGUACAACCAAGGCCAGAACUUCACGUUCUACGGCGGAGAAGCUUCACCUGGCCUUGCGGCGGCGCGGCCUCGGCAGUUCUGCCAGAUCAAAUCAAUGCCUCUGUCGGCUACCCUGGGCCGAACCAAUUGCACUCCUUCGAAUGUGCUAAGGCGCGCGAAUACCGCAACGCCCAAUACCAAGCCGGACUCGAGAUGUGCCGUUUGACGAGCCGGAUGACAAUGGUUAGGGAUGCGAGUCGAGAGGAGUCAAGAGCAGGAAAGGACCUGAACAUCUAUCAAGACUCACGACUAGGAUGCGAACGUUUGGGCUUUUGGCAAGCCUGCCUGGCCGGAAGUGCCUCCGCCGCAGAUGGGGAAGAUGCAGUCGUAUUCCGAUAUGAACGUUAA